UCUAAUAAGCCCUUACCGUCUGUGCGCUUUCGCGGUGGAUCUCUGUUUACACUCUUUUUAUGCAUCGGCAUGCAUCUGGCCGCCCGUCAGCCACCAGCUCACUGGCUGCUCCCUUUCCUGUUUCAUAGUCUCGACCUACUUUUUUUCUGGUCGGGUACUCUGUGUAUAAACAUCUCCAUCCACCCUGGCAAUAGCGUUCCUCGUCCCAAUUCCAGAGCCCAUUCUUCGCUUGAGAGCUGGCGACCCACGCGUCUCACACUACAGCUUUGAUGUGCUUUCCGGAUACCUCCCGUAUCGUGUGUUGACAUUUUUGUGUCCAUUGGAAUCCGAGCUCAUGGCUGGCGGAUACUCUCCCUUCCCAAGCACUUUGGACAAUUCAGGAAGACCGCGGAGGCGGACACAGACAAAAGAAGACCAGCCACUGCCUCUCUUCCAUCCCGGAUCGAGGAACACCGGAUCGACUGAUCUUGGGAACCCCCCGAGACAUCCUACGACUAUCGAAGACCCCAACCUUGAUCCUUUCUAUCUGGAGCGUUCACUGGAGAACGUCACGUCUUGGGAAUCACAAGAGAAGGAAAGUCGUGAUGCUGGCAGCGAACUGUGCCAGAAUGGGAAGUUCAUGUCCUCGGACUUGAAUCUGGACACCGCACCAUUCCCUUCGUUUGGCAACAGUCAAGAGCGAUUGCCUGCUCUAGCAUAUCAAACUCCGGAACUGGGAACACACUCCAGUUUUGAACACUCUCGUUAUCCUUGCACAACCUCUCACCAAUUUCCUUAUCACCACUACGGACAACAUUCUUUCAGCUCGGUACAGUCCGAUGCGAGCGGAAAUAUACCGGACCUGACUCCAAGUAGUUCAUUUUCAUCGAACUAUUCGGUUUCAAACUGCCCAGAAGCCGUGUUGAACGCGACCAAACAGCUUUGCCUGCACACUAACCGGGCAGAACGAACCGUUUCCGAGCCACCAUAUUUGUAUAUCAGCCCUGACCGCUCCUCCACAGGCGAUAACGUUGAUUCCUACGCUGCCACGGAACCCUCGACGCCUACUGGAACCAUCACCCCUUACGACUUUCCUUACAACGACUCCUCAGAUACUCUCAUUAUGCAUUUCACUAACCCCGGGGCGCCUUCCGCCUCUUCGCUUCGCUCAAAGCCACUGCCAUCACUGCCAAACUUAUCGAGGGACUCUAAUGGUCAGCAUGCGACCAAGAAGGCCCACAGCCCAUGUUUGAAGACGCAGAUAGAUCCCGCCCUUAUAUCUCCACCCUGCUUGAUAGAUCCUGUCACGAUGGAACCACACGCCACGCCCUAUGAUCAAGCACUGUUCAUUCCAGCAAACGAGUGUCCCAGUCCAGUCCCGAGCCCCGUAGCUUGUUCGCCUCCAAUCACUCGUCAAGUGACUGGACACUCUACUAGGGCUCGACCAUCUACAUCGACAUCAGAGGCCCAUUGCGAACAGUCUGUAUGGGAAUCAGACUCGGAUUCUGAAUCCAUAGGGCCGAAGUCACUCUCGCGCAGAAGGCCCAUUGACACCCUGCGCAAAGUCCGAAGUCGUGUUCAACUCAAAGUAACCAAAUCGACGACGAAGCUUGAUGGUGAAGAGAAUAGUGGACAUGAGUCUGAGCGGUCCUCGGAGGAAGUGCCUCCAAUGCCGACUCCCACAUAUCAACAGUUCCCGGAAGUGAAAACGGCUACCAACCAGAACUGGACACCAGAGCCUGUACGUGGAUCAGUUGAACACACGCUUCGUCUUGUUGCGCCCUCUACUACAUCACUUCCUCGCCCUUCUUCUUCUCGGGGUACCGGCCAGGAGAGCAACGGAAAUGAGAAAAUGUCUACUGUAGCGGCUAUGCACACGCAUCGUCCGCAUAGGCUAGAAAGCGAACAGCGUCGUCAUUUCCCUACACACGAGGCCAUUUACGGCAAAUGUCUGGAAUCCCAGUCCACAAUUGAUCUCAAUGCCGCGUUGUCAUUGAGUCGUCCCGGAUUGUUGAGACGCCUUUGCCGGUCAUUCCGUGCUCUGAGCUGCCAUCACGUCCACGAGGAGGACUGCUAUGAAAAGACAUUCAGACGAUAAGUAUCUUCGACUGACGACCUCACUCGAUUAUCGCAAACGGAUGCAUACUCUCGCAUCCUUUUUAUGUUCAGCCACAACGUCUUUCCUUACGAUCAGUUCUUUCUCUAAUCAAUCUUUUUCGAUAUUCCAUGCG